GAUCUUCAACGUCUACCUCUUCUUAAUCUACCGGUCCUCACCAUCAACCUCUCCGCGUCCGCUCUCUGCGAUGGCUACUGAUUUGCUCAGAAUCUCUCUUUUAUCUCCUCCUUAUCCAAACCUCGGCUUUACUUACACUUACGCUAAGAAACUCAACUUCAACCGUCUUUACUUCAACUCUCGUCUUUCAAUACGACGUCGCAACCAGUUGACUUCUACUGUUACUAACACUCUUGACACCAGAAUUCAAACGCAAAAUGCACCGUUGGAGAUUCCGAAACGACGACUGGACUCCACGGUCCUCCUCGAUGUCAGCGGCAUGAUGUGCGGCGGCUGCGUCGCUCGAGUCAGAUCGGUUAUCUCGUCCGACGACCGCGUCGACUCGGUGGCGGUCAACUUGUUGACGGAGACGGCCGCGGUCAAACUGAAAGCCGAGGCCGUCACGGAGGACGAAGAGGUGUUGAAUGAAGUUGCGGAGAGCUUAGGGAAGAGAUUGACGGAGUGUGGAUUCGAGGCCAAGAGGAGAGUGUCAGGGCUUGGCGUGGCGGAGAACGUGAAGAAAUGGAAGGAAAUGGUGACGAAGAAGGAGGAGUUGCUUGUGAAAAGCAGGAAUCGCUUGGCGUUUGCUUGGACUUUGGUGGCAUUGUGUUGUGGAUCUCAUGCUUCGCAUAUUUUGCAUUCUUUGGGCAUUCAUUUUGGUCAUAGGUCGUUUUUGGAGCUGCUUCAUAAUUCUUACGUCAAGGGUGGAGUUGCAUUAGGGGCAUUGUUGGGACCAGGGAGAGACUUGCUAUUUGAUGGUCUUAGAGCAUUCAAGAAAGGAUCGCCUAAUAUGAAUUCUCUUGUGGGAUUUGGAUGCAUUGCUGCUUUUCUCAUUAGUACUGUCUCACUUCUGAACCCUGGGCUUGAAUGGGAUGCAUCAUUCUUUGAUGAACCGGUCAUGCUUCUCGGAUUUGUGCUGCUGGGACGUUCUCUGGAAGAAAGGGCAAGGAUUAGGGCAUCUAGUGACAUGAAUGAACUUUUAUCACUCAUGUCCACUCAGUCAAGACUUGUGAUUGCUUCAUCAGAAAGUAGCUCUUCUGCUGAUAGUGUACUUUGUUCUGAUGCAAUUUGUGUUGAUGUCCCAACUGAUGAUAUUCGAGUUGGCGACUCAGUAUUGGUUUUGCCUGGAGAAACUAUUCCUGUAGAUGGUAGAGUUCUUGCAGGAAGAAGUGUUGUUGAUGAAUCCAUGCUCACUGGAGAAUCACUUCCUGUUUUCAAGGAAGAAAGCAGCAUCGUCUCAUCUGGAACAAUAAACUGGGAUGGUCCUUUAAGGAUUGAAGCCUCUUCAACUGGUUCUAACUCAACGAUAGCCAAAAUUGUUCGCAUGGUGGAGGAAGCUCAAGGCCAAGAAGCACCAAUACAAAGACUUGCAGAUGCAAUAGCUGGGCCAUUUGUGUACAGUGUAAUGACUCUAUCCGCAGCAACAUUUGCAUUCUGGUACUACAUUGGAUCUAACAUUUUUCCAGAUGUUUUGCUCAAUGACAUUGCUGGGCCAGAUGGGAAUCCAUUGCUUUUGAGCUUGAAACUCGCUGUGGAUGUCUUGGUAGUUUCAUGCCCAUGUGCACUGGGCCUUGCAACACCCACUGCAAUCCUGGUUGGCACUUCUCUUGGAGCAAAACAAGGACUUCUUAUAAGGGGAGGAGAUGUAUUAGAACGCUUGGCCAGCAUAAAUUAUGUCGCUUUAGACAAGACAGGAACACUCACAGAAGGGAAACCUGCUGUUUCUAAAGUGGCUGCUUUUGCUCAUGAAGAAUCAGAAAUUCUUAAAAUUGCUGCUGCAGUAGAGAAAACAGCAACGCAUCCAAUUGCAACGGCUAUUGUAAAUAAAGCAGAAGCAUUAAAUUUGGCAAUCCCAGUCACAAGAGGGCAAUUAGUAGAACCAGGUUUUGGAACCUUAGCAGAAGUUGAUGGACGCUUGGUUGCAAUUGGUACUUUAGAAUGGGUAAAUGAAAGCUUUCAGAAAAGAACACAUUUUUCUGAUCUAAUGAAUCUGGAACAUACUAUUAGUAACCAGUCAUCAGAUUGGGCGUCAUCAUCUAACUAUUCAAAUACAGUUGUGUAUGUUGGAUGUGAAGGAGAGGGUAUUAUUGGUACUAUUGCAAUAUCUGACAGUUUGCGCCAUGAUGCCGAAUCUACUGUAAGCAGGCUCCAGCAAAAGGGUAUCAAAACGAUCCUCUUAUCAGGAGACAGGGAAGAGGCAGUUGCAGCUGUAGCAAAGGCAGUUGGAAUAGAAAAUGAAUAUAUCAACUCAUCCUUGACUCCACAGCAGAAAUCAGAGUUUGUAUCAACUCUUCAAACUGCAGGACAUCGUGUUGCAAUGGUAGGUGAUGGCAUAAAUGAUGCACCUUCUUUGGCUCUUGCCGAUGUUGGGAUUGCUCUGCAGAUUGAAGCACAAGAAAAUGCUGCAUCAACUGCAUCAUCAAUUAUACUUCUUGGAAACAAACUUUCACAACUCGUAGAUGCGGUGGAUCUUGCACAGGCAACAAUGGCAAAAGUUUAUCAGAAUUUAUCAUGGGCGAUAGCAUAUAAUGUUGUUGCCAUCCCCAUAGCAGCCGGACUGCUACUUCCACAAUAUGAUUUUGCCAUGACACCAUCACUUUCAGGUGGGCUGAUGGCCCUGAGCUCCAUAUUCGUUGUCACCAAUUCAUUGCUGCUACAGUUCCAUGGAUUCGAAAGGAGUAAGAAGGGCUAGCUCUCCUCACAUGAUGAAGAUGCCUGUCUCUGUCUGCCCAUUUUACAAAUAUCUGAUUGAGUUGCUUUCACAGCGGGGAGAUUAAUUCGAUCACCUUACUUCAGUUAAUUCUAAAGCUUUCUUGUUUGUACAAAAAUAUUGUAAUGGGAAAUAAUUAACUCAUGAAAUUAUGGGAU